UAUAAGAGCUGGAAUAUAAUGCUUCCUAGAAAGAGUUUUUGUCGAUAUAGAACUGAUUCUAUUUUAAGGAAGCAAUUAUUUGCUUAUAAAGUAUUGUAGAACAAUCUAUUUAUUGCAUCUAUUGGUUAGAACGGAAAAAUGGCGACAUCAUGCCUGCAAAAAUCGGCGCAGAUCUGUUUAAUUUUGGCAGCCGUUUUCAUGAAUUUCUCGUCGUCUGCUAGUGCUAGAUCUUUUGACUUGAUGAACUACCUUGAUGGAUCGAAUGAUCUGAAUACAACUGUUAUUACAGGAAAUUUUUCAAACUUGUACGAAGAUGUUCAAAUUGACAGACAUCAUCAGUAUUUAUUCGUCUUUUCAUACAAUGAAACAAAUGAGACUACUGCAGUUCGAAUUCACACGUCCAGUGAUAAAGUAAACAACAGUUUCCCUAUCAUGUUUGUCGUUCGACAACAACAAGGUUUAUUAUCCUGGCAAGUUCCACUCUCAAUCAACUAUAAUUAUCGCUAUAAGUCUGUCAAUCGAACUUUGUGUCCGAUGGAUAAAGACAGUCGACGUUCAUUGACCCAAGAUCAGUUGAUAUAUAUUGAUGUUUCUACCAUGUCUAUUGAACCUUCCAACUUUACACUAUCAGUUUCAUUAUUAGAUGACUUUCGACUCAGCUUAGAUACAGUAAAGAAUACAAGCGUGUCGCCGGCAGCCCCAGAAUAUUAUAUGUUUACAUUUCCUGAUAAUGUGGCAUCUGUUUUAUUAACGGUAGAAUCUGAAGAUAAACAAUGUAUGGUCGUCUCUAUACAAGAUAUUAAAUGUCCGGUAUUUGAUCUAGAUAAUAAUAUAGUUUUUCAAGGAAAAUAUCAAACAAUGACAAAACAGGCAGCUCUUAUUUUAAAUAAAGAAGAUUAUGAUGAAGACGCGUUUUAUGUAGUCAUGGUGGUUAAAUCAAAUGAUUUAGAUUGUAAUCAAAUACAAAAUAUCCAACCAGUGACUCCCAUACAUCGUAAUAAAAAUGUCAACAUUCUAGUUAAAGGAACAUUAUCAAAGGCAUCAUAUUAUAAAGGAAUAUUUGUGGCUGUUGCCGUCUUCCUCAGUUUUUACCUCAUUGCAUUCUUCAUCUGUAUCUUCUAUCAUUGUUGUGGUUAUAACAGUGAAUACUUGAAUAUGUCAGAAGAUAUGAAAGAUAAGUUAUUAGGAUUUUACAAUGGGCCGAGAGAAUGUCAUCGAUCACGGCAGCCAUCAUCAUCUUCUACUGACAGGUUAUUAUCGAGACCAAUGACCAGUUCUACAAGAGAUGCAAGUUAUGGAAGUAUUGCCAAUCAAUCUGAGAUAUCCGAGGAAGAAUCUGCGAGUAUCGGUAAUGAAAGGGAAGACAACUCUGAUCAAUCAGAGGUUGAUACAAGUGAGAUAGAUAUGUUAAGUGAUGCAUAUGAAGAUAAACGUAUCGUAAGAACCAAGACUGCGUUGUUCGUGACAGAUUUAUCCAGGAAAAGUCCGAAAAAAUUAUCAAAGACAUACAAAAUAUAUCACUGGAAUUUAUUAACUAUUGGUAUAUUUUAUGGUUUACCUGUUAUACAACUUGUAGUUUCUUACCAAAAAGUGUUACAUCGAACUGGGGAUCAAGAUAUUUGUUAUUAUAAUUUUUAUUGUGCUCAUCCUCUUGGUGUUCUCAGUUCCUUUAAUAAUGUCUUCAGUAACAUUGGAUACGUUCUACUCGGGGCCUUAUUUAUUAUAAUAGUCAAAAAACGAGCAAGUGUACACCGAGCAUUUGCUGCCAAGAAUAAAGAAAUAUCGCAGCGAUAUGGUAUUCCUCAACAUUAUGGAUUAUAUUAUGCGAUGGGUCUAGCGUUAAUGAUGGAAGGAUUGAUGAGUGCCUGUUAUCAUGUCUGUCCAAAUAAUUCAAACUUUCAGUUUGAUACAUCGUUUAUGUAUAUAAUAGCAUGUUUAAAUAUGUUGAAGAUUUAUCAGACCCGGCAUCCUGAUAUCAAUGCCAAGGCUCAUACAACCUAUUUAUCAAUGGCCUUUGUUAUAUUUAUAGCUGUUAUAGGAGUGGCUUAUGCUAACAGUAUUUUCUGGAUAUUAUAUGCAUUAGUUCAUAUGUUGGUUUCGUUAAUUUUAUCAGCACAGAUUUAUUUUAUGGGCAUGUGGAAAGUUGAUUGUGGUGUAUUUAAAAGAUUAUGGUGGUUAUUUAGAAAUGAUUGUUUAAAAUGUGGGAGACCUAUUUACCCUAAUCGUUUUGUUUUAUUGUUAAUUGGUAAUAUCAUCAAUUGGUCUUUUGCUAUUUAUGGUUUUGUAAACCCACCAACCGAUUUUGCUACGUAUUUACUGGCUAUAUUUAUAGGAAAUCUGAUGUUAUAUGUUUUAUUUUAUAUCAUAAUGAAGUUAUUAAGUGGAGAAAAGAUACAUUUAUUAGCUACAGCUUGUAUUAUAACUGCUACCUUAACAUGGGCAGGUGCUCUUUAUUUCUUCUUCGCACAUCUUACAUCAUGGUCGGUUACACCAGCUACAUCAAAAGAAGGUAAUCGUCAAUGUUUGCUGCUAGAAUUCUAUGAUGCUCAUGACAUCUGGCAUUUUCUCUCAGCUAUUGGAAUGUUUUUUGGAUUUCUCAUUAUAUUAACUCUAGAUGAUGAUUUGAUGUUAAAGAGGAGAGAUCAGAUACCUGUUUUCUAGGCACCAGCAGCAUCAACACCUUUAUUACACCUUCUUCUAUGAGUAUGACUUAUUGCUCAGUGUUGUUAUUUAAGUACUUAUUUAAUCUCAACUUAUUUUACCAAAGAUAGAGAUGAACAAACUACACAAUAAUUAUGUAUAUUAGUCCUUGUAAGUGAUAAUAUUUUCUAGUUUCGUUCAUCUUUUUUGUUUUUAUAUUAGACUUCAUAUUAUGAUACAUAAAUUUUGAUUAUAUAAAAUGUCAAGUUUUUAACAAGAAAGAAUAAUUCAUUUUAUAAUUUGGGAAUUUUUCUUUUAUCACUACAGCAUUAAAGUCACAUCCUAAUGCUUCUCAUUGACCGAUAAUAAAUAAUGUUCAGUUGUUUCUAGUAAAACAGUUUGAACAAAAUAUAUUUGAAAUGUUUAUACUGUGUAUUAAAUAACAUUAAAAUUAAAUAUUACACCUAUAUCAAUAUGGGGGCGGUGGUCAGGGCAUUGGACCCUCAACUAGACAAUACACUUCUAUUGACAUGGUGGCAUUUGUCAGGGAAUUGGACCCCAAACUAGACAAUACACUUCUAUUGACAUAGUGGCAUUUGUCAGAGCAUUGGACCCUCAAUUAGACAAUAUACCUCUAUCGACAUGGUGGCGGUUGUCAGGACAUUGGACCCUCAACUAGAAUAUCCUAGAUUCGAAUUCUUGCCGAGGCCGAUAAAAAAAACCCUUUAUUCUUCUCCUACCUCACAUGGUAUACUUAAACGUGAAUUAUAUAAGAGCUAAAUCUGCCUAUUACAGGUCUUUAUUCUGGAUUCAAAUAUUAUAUAAACUAUUAUUUAAACAUUUAUUCACAUGACAAGCCUAUAAUCAACUCUUUAGAACAUCAGAUGGCAGAGAUUUUCAAUGAAUUAAAAAAAAAACAAUUGCCAUUUGAUAAUUUAUGUAAACAUGGAUAAUCAAGACUAUGUUUAUUAUCAUAUCAAUGAUACUUAAUAAUCAGGACUAUAUUGUGAAAAAAUAAUUCACUCAUAACUUUGCUAAGAAUAAUCUAAUUUGAAUAAAUUUUCAAGAUAUUCAUUUUUCAUUAUCUAUUUUUAAAGUAUUUUAAGGCCAUGUUGUGUAAUGAGGGAAGUACUGUAUAAUAUUCUGCUCCGACACUCCUGUCCAUGUCCAUUGUAUCAACAUGAUGCAAUACUCAGUACUUUAUGCAAUUGGAAAAAAAAAAGGUGCUACAGUUUUAAAAUCAAUUUUUAUAAGAUGAAGGGAAGGUUUUAAGAAUGGCGACGCACUAAGUUAAUUAUUGAAAAGUUUUAAAAUCAAUAAUAAGGUGACGGGAAAGUUUUAAGAAUAAGUUUUAAGAAUAACGACUUGAUAAAUUUAGCCCUGAUUGAAAGGAACUGUGAAUAAAACAAGCUAGUCAGAUAAGGAAGAAAUACAAAUAUUAUUAUUCAGCUUCAAAACUGAUAAGGUUGGCAGUGUCUUGAUAUUCAUGUCUACGGCUCUCUCAAAGUAUAAUAGCCUGGUGUAUCAGGUCACUCAAAACCAUAAUAAGCAAUUUAAAAUGUUGGUGACCGUUUCUGAAGGGCUCAACAUUUUUGUGCUGCAAUUUUCAGACAUGGUCAACAAGAUAUUUAUUUUUCUACUGUAAGUCACUUGGUUAAGUUGAGUUGAUGCCAGGUGAAAUCUGAGACUGCAUCUUGAAUAUUGCCUUGAGUGUGAAUUUUGUAUUUUAUAUUAUUAUAGAUUUGGGUAUGGACCUUGAAUUUAAUUGAAAUGAAAUAUUUUGUUUAUUUAUUAUUAUUAUAGAUUGAUUUGAAUGUCUAUAUUAAUAUGUAUGUAUAUAUUGUUUUAUGAUGUUAUAGUUUCCUUGUAUCAAAUAUAAAAACCAUGAUUUAUAUGGAUUCCUAAACCCCUCCUGAUGAUGUGAAACAUUAAACAUUAAUCCGAUAAAAUACAGAUUUAUAUUUCGUUUCGUUUUUUUAUACUUCCAAUGGCCUCCACUAGAUCAAGAUCUGAGGUGGGAGGUCGCGUCAGGAGUCACGCGAGCGAGUUUUGACCCUAUGACGUCAGACAUUUGAUUAACCAAUCAGCGUUGAUUGUUUCUAGUAGGAUAUCCACAGUUCCGUGCAUCGCAUGCCAAGAACUCGCUACAACAAACCGUUUCAUUGGCUUAUCCCUAACAUCAACCAGAACGUGGGAUAUAUAACAACUUAUCCAGAUCCUUGUGUAGUAAAGGCAAGUAAAACGAAAUUUUGAACUAUAAAAAACGACACGAAAUAAGAUCUGUGUUAUAAUCAGAUUGUAUGAAUAUAGAAGUUGAGUAAUCCAUAUAAAAAUCAUGUCUUUUAUUAUGUUACUCAACAAUCAGGGUGGCACUCAAACAAAUUAAAUAAAAUAUAUUUCAUGGAUAAGAAUUGUAUCAUAAUAUAGUGAUAUUUUAUGUAUAAGAAUUUCACCAUAAAAUAGUGAUAUUUUAUGUAUAAGAAUUGUAUCAUAAAAUAGUGAUAAUUUGUUUAUAAGAA